UUGAACGACGUGUGGGGUGCAAAACUUUUUUUUUUUUAUUCGCCUAUCGGGAUCGUGUGUGCGUCGCACCCGAUGACACCUAUCAUAAUUUUUCGAACAAAAUAAUUCACCGACCCCCAUCCUCCUUCUCCGAACGAAACCUCCCCUAUUUUUUGGAACAGAUAUCGAAAUUCUUCAGUUGACUUCAUAAGAACGCGCCAUGGAGCAGGCCGAGGACCUCAACUACGACUUCAACUACAACAUGUUCCUCGCGAAGACGAUGCUCGGAAAUCUGGACAGCCUAACAGAUCGACAGCGUGUCGUCAAGUGGAUGAAGAAGUUGACGACGUGCAACAAGUCCAUCGAAGAGAUGAAGCUGCGCAACGACUUUAUGUACUAUCUCGUCCUGAACGUGCAGAACCGCGAGUUGCGCUCCCCGUUCACAGAAUCGCCGCCUCCGGGUCCAUUACCACAUCUUGCAAAUCUACUGCCUGGCGGUUCUACGGCCGCCGACGUCGAAGGUGCCGGCGGAUGGGCAGACAAGAGCUCCCACCACGAGGAGAAGCCGAUGCUCUAUCAGAAUUCGCCCGACGGCGGAGCCUUCCUCGCCGCUCAGCCGAUCCCCAGGUGCGGAGCCUUCUGUUAUCUGGCGGUGGUGAGCAGAUCGCCGAAGAAGGCGGAGGAGGAUUAAAACUUAAUAUUUCUUAACAAAAUUAACAAAACAAACGAAGACGACCGUUAACAGCACAGGCGCGCAUAUCACGGUGUUUCCGACGUGUAUCUUACUUUUAUAUUUGUGUGGGCGAAAUAUUCAGUGCAGGAAAAAAAUAACGAAACCAUUUUUAUUUUAUUUUUUUUCUAAUAAAGAAAAUAUGUACUUUUUUUU